AUGUCUGGAAUUAAAAAAGUUCAGAUGGAGAAGGAUAAUUAUAAGUUAAUCGCCGAAGAAAAAAUAUUGAAUAUUCAUAAUGAAAAUAAUGAUUUUAUUGAAGAUCCUAAUGAAUUUAUACCACAUCAAUCUAAUGAAUAUAAUAAUUCAAAUACUAAUUUAAUAGGUGAGUAAAAUACAAUUAAUAUGUACCUCAUCAUAAUCUAGUUUAUACAUAAAUAUGGAAAGUAAAAUAUUUUACUUGACAUUUCAAAAUGUUUACAUUCAAAGCUUAUAAAAUAUACCUAGGUAGUAAAAAGGGGGACAUACUGAUUUGCUGAUUUUUUGGAAAAAUAGCCAUAAUAAUAUACUUAUCCAUUCAUGAUGAAACUCAGAAAAAUUCUUUUGUAUACUAAAUACACAGACUCCAAACAUAUCUUUUUUUAAAUAUAUUAUAGAUUAGGUGUGCCAAGUAUCAAAUAGAUCUGACCGUUUUUGUAAGUUAAGUAACAUAUCAUAAAAAAUCUAUUUUCCAUAUACAUCUUGUAGUAAGUAGAUAAAUGAGCGACAGGUAACCCAAUUUAAAAUUGGCAUGAGUCAUGAAAUAUUUAGAGGGUGUAUUUUAAAAUUUGAAGGUACUGUAUUUAUAUUUAUGUUGGUAUUAGGAAGCUCUGUUGUGAGUUUUGUACAAAUCAGAUUGGCAUAAUCUCUGUUAUAGAUAUUUAACUACAAAUAAAGAAAAUUUACAUAUGUUGAAAAUUAUUUAGCCAGUGAAUUUGAGCUCGUGGAGUUUGUGUUGGUUUAGAUUCAGAAUGUUUUUUCUGAGUUUCAUCACUAUCAGAUUAAUAUAGUUUUUAUUAUGGCUGUUUUUUCAAAAUCAGCAAUUUAGUGAAUCCCAUUAAAAAUUAAUAAUUAGUUACUUGUUUUGGAUACAGAAACAGAAUCAGAAACAUGUUUAAAUGGUUCAGAAAGUAUUUCUAAAGAUUUUGAUAGUGUAAACAGUGAGGUUACGUCCAUAAAUAACCAAAUAAUUGUACUUGAACCAAAUAAUCCUGUGAUGAUGAGAUUUCAAAAUACAUUGAAACAUCACUUAUUGAAACAAAGGGAAAACUUACAAAAUGAAUUAUUAACACAAGUAAUUUUAUUCGGUUAUAAUUUAAAAUAGAAUUGAUAUUUUAAAUUAAUUCAGAGACAUUUUAUUAGGAUGGAAUUAUUAGAUUUAAACAAAAUGAAAAGACAUCAUUAAUAAAUGAAAUAAAUAAUAUAGCUUGCAGAGUUGAAACUCAGUACACUUUAUUGAAUGAAUUUCAUAGAAUGAAAUUAGAAUUAGAAGCAGCAAAAGAACAGGUUGAAACAUAUAUCAACCAUGGAAAACAUCGUUAUACUGAAAUCUCCAUAAAAACUACAGUUGAAACAAAAAAAUGUAGCUACCUACUUCAUACAUUACUUACUUUAAUUUAUAUAUAUAUAUAUAUAUAUAUAUAUAUAUUUAUAUUUAAUUUGUUUUAAUAUAUUGUAAUUAUUUAGUUGAAGUUUUUAAAAGGCAACUAGAUUGUAGCCAAGGACUUGUAAAAGAACUCACUAAAUAUGAAAAAGAACAAGAAACUACAUUUAAUAUAUGCAAUCAAAAAAAAUCCCAAGCAAAACAUUUUAAGAAAAAGCUAUUAAAUGAACAACAAAAACAGGUAAUUUUUUAUUUAUUCAUCCAAACUAACAAUAAUAAGAAAUAAGAAAAUCAUUGUAUGAUUAGGAUUUGUUAUUGUUGUCUUUAACUCAAGAAAUUCUUCGAUUGGAAGAUCGCAUGAAACAAUUAGGUGAACAAGCAGAAACGAAAUACAACGAAAGAGAAUUAUUGAAACAAAAAGUUAUGGACAGUUCAACAGAUCUUGAUUCCAUAAAUGGAGACAAUACUAAGAUAACUUUAUUAUGGAAUGAUGUUUUAAUUAAUAUUCAACAGCGUGAUAAAUCUUUUCGAAAGAUAAAAAAUGAUUUCCAGUAACUACUGUAUAGGUUUAUUGUAAAAUAAAUCUAUUAAUUUAUGUUCUAUUUAUAAGUUGUAUUUAUAUAUUUUUUUAGAGAAGCGAGAAAUAAAUACCAUACUUUAUUAAUGGAAGCAAAUAGUUAUAAGCGUAGUGUCCAAGAAGAAUUUCACAAAAAUGAUAACCUUAUAAACGUUUCAAAUAAAUUAAAAUAUGAACAAAAUAAUUUACAAAAUAGUCUUAAAAUAUGUUUAGAUAAAUUUAAUAAUUUGAAAGAUGAAUAUUCUAAGCUUAUACAAAUGACAGAAUUUCAACAUCAGAAUUUAGAUCAAGUUUUAUUUGUAUGUAUUUUAAAUAUUUUAGUAAUCAAUAUUAAACUUAAAAAGAAAUUAGAGAAAAAGAGAACAACUUUUAUUUUAAAAAAUAAACAAAUUGGACUGCCUGUCCAACAGGUUUCUUAUAGGGACAUAGUAUACUUAUCAGACAUAGUUAUGUUAUAUAAUUAUUUCAGGAUCAAAAAUCUAUUCAAAAUAAAAUAAAUGCAUUAUUACUUACGCUAAACACAAAAUCAAAUGAGAAAUUGAAAUAUGAAGAAGAUUCAUUGGAUGAAUUAAAAAAACAAUUGUUUUCUAAUAGCUUUUCUACUCAAAUAAAUAACAAAAUAUCAGAACUGAAAAUUCAAAAUAAAGAGCAUGUAUAAUUUAUUUUAAUGAAAAUAAUAUUUAUUUUAUGAUUUAUGUAAUAUUGAAUUUAGGAGUUAGUAUUAGUUGAAGCUGAGAACAAUUUAUCACAAGUUUUAUUAAAACUGGAACAAUAUCGUAACACAAGUUUUAAUUUAGAAAAAGAUAUAAAAGAAAACACAAAAUAUCUAAAUGAUCAAGGAUUUGUUUUAUCUGCAUUAGAUUCUGAACUAAAUAAAAUAUACACUGAGAUUAAAAAUAAAUCGAGACAAAUUGAUUUAGAAAACAAAAAAUUGGAAACAAUGAAAAAAAAACUUGAGGCAAGUCUUUAAACGAAAAAUUGUAUACAUUGUAAUAUUUUAUUAUGUGUUUUUAUUUUAUUUUAGGAGGGAACUAGUACAACUCCUCAAAUCCAAAUUGAUCAAGUAAGAUAUAAAAUCAACGAAGUAGAAAAAAAAAUAGAUUCCAUAAAACAAUCUUGGGUUCAAAAACAAAAUAAAAAUGUUCAAUUAUUAGAUCAACGUAAUAAACAAUUUAAUGAGUUCAAUAAAGUAUGCAAAUGUAUGUACUUAUAAUAUAAAUAGACAACAGUAAAUACAAAUUUUCUAUGUAAUUUAAAAAAAAAAAUUAAUUAAAUUUAGAUGCUUCGGUUAUGGACACAAAAAAUAUAAAAAUAGAAUUAGAAAUAGUUUCUUUAUACAAAGUAGCUGAUCAGUAUAAACGAACACUUAUAAACAUGAGAAAUACAAUUUUGAAACUUAAUGAAAAUUGUAGUAAUAAUAAAGGGAAGAGUAAUCAAAUGUUGAAUGAAAAUGAGUGGAUACAAUAUUCAUAUUUGGCUGAAUUGAAGGUUAGUAUAAAUAUAAAACUUAUUUAAUAUUAAUAUAAUUACUUCCAGUAGAAAUUAUGCUGGUAUAUAUCAAGGAGCAGUUACCAUCCCAUUACUAUUUAACAUUUUAUCUCUGAACAACCAAACCAUAGCUAGAUGAUGACUGCUGAUGAAAAAGUUAUUCUAGCCAGCAGUCAGUGGUUGCUCUUAAUAUGGUGCACAGGAGCAGUGCACCACUUAUAAUUUUGAAAAUUUCAUUAUAUUGCUACUAUAAAAAAUGUAUUAUUAAUUGUAAUAUAUAUGUUAUAAACUAGAAAUGCAUUCAUAUUUAUUUUAUAGACAAGAAUAAAAAUUAUUUUUAUAGAAUUAAAUAAGUAUUUAAUGCUAAAAGUUGAAAAAUAUUAAUAUUAUGUGCCAUUGUACAUAAUAUGCAGUGGCAGAAGUCAUGGAGCACAGAAGGCCAAAUACAAUUUUUGUACCAGUCGCACAUGCACAUUUGACCAUUUUAUUCCUACUACUGGCACAACUGCCAUUAUACAUAGUAGUGUGUUAGAAUGAAUAUUGAACCGCCUGCUGCCGUACAGCUGUCUGCUGUCGCUGAUAGAGAAUAACAUGCAAUCUGAACUGAUUAUUUCUUUUGAAUGAUAUUAAAUUUGUCUGGUGGGUGACGUUAUUUCCAAAAACACUAUAGAAAAUAAUGACCAACCUGAUUUAAAAAAUAUAUAAUAUAACAAAAACAAACAUAAUUCCCUAAUAUAUUGCUGAUUUCUAUCUAAGAAUCUCCUAUAUAAAACAAAUACAAAUAUAUUCAUAUUUCAAUAAAAUAUUUGUUUUAGUUCCUGUUUUCUGAAUUGACUGUGUACAAUAGGUAUACAAUUUUUUAAAUGUGCACCACCAAUUAUUCACUGUCAGCGGUACACCUAGUUUUUAUAUGUUAAAAACUACCUCUACCUGCUCAAAAUCUAUUAUAGAGAAUGGGGGGUUAAAAAAAAUAAUUGAAAAAUAUUAUACUCCCAAUGUUAUUUUUAUUGUAAAUAGGAAAAUGAAAAACAGUGUCUCGAAUAUAUGGAUCGAUUAAAACUAUUAAAAAAUGAACUGAAUGAUACCAAAAAUGUAUAUAUUGAAAAACAACGAGAAAGUAAAUCGUGGGAUUCUAAAGUUCAGAUGCUUGUUGAAAUGAAAAAAGAAAUUAAGAAAAAAGAAGGUGAUUCUGGAGAUAUUGAUGCUAUGAAAAAUGAAAUACAUAGAAUGCAGGUAAAAUAAAUAAAUAACAUACUUGAUUAUUUUAUUACAUUAUUUAACCCUUGAAUGAAUAUAUCUCUAUAUAAAACAAUUGUUUUAUGAUAAAAUUUGUUAUUUUAUUAAAUCAAAAUAAUUAUAAUAUAAUUUGAGUAGUGGCGCUGAAGUAACUUAAAAAUACUUGGGCAAACAAGGCAAUACUGUAUUAAAUUGUUCUUCUUUGAGUGAAAUACACUGUGUUCCACCGUGUGUUUGACUGAUUUUUCUUGCACUGUUUUUAAUAUUUAGUUUUUUCGACUUUUUUUUCAAUUGGUUUGUCUUCGAGGGGGGCCAUUGAUUUGGAAAAAUAUUAAAUUUUAAUUUUCAUCGCCUGAAGACAAAACAAAAAUAACUUUUUAUUUAUUCACUUGAGAAAAUUUUCAAAAUAGCCAAUUUUGUAAAAAUAUUUAGACAAUUUGAAUGAUCACACAUUUAUAACCGAUGAAUAAUUUCUUAAUUAUAGCCGUUUUAAUUAUGAAUGAAAACAAUUAACAUUCAAUAAAAUUACGUGAUAAGGAAUUACAAUCAUCACGGUAAUUCUUUGCCUUCUAUUAAAUAUUAAUUGUUUUUGUGUCUAUUUUCUAGAAAAUAAAAUGGCUAUAAUUAAGAAACUUUUAAUUGGGUAUGAAUGUAUGAUAUAUUAAAUUUUUUAGAAUAAUAUUUUUUACAAAAUGGUUAUUUUAAAAAUUUUCCAAAGUGAAUAAAGUUAUUACUUUUGUUUUGUGUUUAGGGGAUGAAAAUAAAAAUUAAAUAUUUAAUAGCGCUAGAAAAAUCAAUUGGGACAUUCUAUGUAUCGCAUAAUGCAUAGUACUAUUUACUAGUUUUAUUUUCUAUAAAUACUACCUACUCAUACUAUGUAUAUUUCUCACCGCUGUGGUGGUGGGUGGUGUACACCCAUCACCAAAAAAUGUGUACCCCAAGUUUGGCACCACUGAAUUUGUGUAAUACAGAAAGCACUAUUUUUUCAUUUAGGUUUUGUGCGAUGGGACAUAUGCAGAAAAAAAUUACAUUUUUCUUUUUAUUCCUUAAUUAUUGAAAAAAAAUAACUUUAUUGUAUCACUUUUUAAUAUUUUUAAAAUAGUUAUUUUGUAAAAGAUAUUAUUCUGAAAAUUUUAAUGUAACAUAUAUUCAUAUGUGAUCAAUAGUUCAAUAGUUUCUUAGAUAUAACUAAUAACCAAUUUAAUUUCUAAAAAAAAUUGUAGUGAAAACAAUUAAUUUUCAAUAGAACACAUUACACGAUGAGGAAUCACAAUCAGUCAGGUAAUUCCUUAUCUUCUAUUGAAUAUUAUUUUUUUUCAUGACUAUUUUCUAUACAUUAAAACCCUUAUAACUAAAAAACUAUUAAUUGGAUUAAAAUGUAUGAUACAUUAAAAUUUUUAAUAUAUUAUAUUUUACAAUAUGGGUAUUUUGAAAAUUUGAAAAAGUGGGUAAAAAUUAGGUUUGGUUAACGGGUAAAAAUAAAAAUUUAAUUCUUUUCUACAUAUGUAUUCUCCUCACACAAAACUAGAUUGAAAAAAUUAAUAUAUAGACAGAGUUAUUAUUAUGAAUCAUAGAAUCAUAAUGAUUCUGUAUUCUUAAUGACACUGUGGGAAGUAUAGACAGUAGUAUAUAUCAGAGAUAAUUUAUAGACAACAGUUGAUCAGAAGCAAAGACUCAAUAUAAGGGGUAAUGCUCAUACUUUCUUAAAUAUGUACUACAUAUUUUUAAAAUAUUUAUAGUAGUUUGUCAAAAUACACAUUUUCUUUUUACGUUAACAAAGAAAACAGAUUAGUGAGUUUGUAUUUUUUUUUUCAGAUAAGAGAAAGCCAAUUGAAAAAAAAUUUAGAAAAGAUAAUGCUAGAUUUAGAAGCGUGUAUAUCAAGACGUGAAAUGAUAUAUAAUAAAGUUGCAGCCAAUGAUGUCCGGUUAAAAGGAAAAAGUGAAGCCAAACAAAAAUUUUUGAAGAAACUGGAUGAUUUGCGAUUAAGUAUAAAAAAAAUUAAAAUGGUGACUAUAAUAAAUUCUUAAUACUACUAUAUUAAUUAAAAUUCAUAUUUCACUAUAGUAGAUAACUACUAUGUACUAUGCCCUAAGAUCUUAAUAUUUUUUACCUAUUGUAAUCCUGGUUGCAGAUAUUUACCCAUUUUAACUCUGAACACCAACUGAAAUUUGAUUCUUAUUUAAAUAGUAAUCAUUGACAAACAUAUUUUAAGUGUAUUCAGUCUAAAAUUUUAUAUUACAGUCAAAUUUUCUAUGAAUUGCUUAUUUUUUCCAUAAACGAUUUACUUGUUUAAAAAAUGUUUAUAAUCAAAAUAAAUAACCGUUUCAACCCUAAAAAUAAAAAAAAAAUUAACAUUUUAGAAUUUAUGAUAAUAUGUAUUCAUAUAUAUUUUUGAAUAAGUCCUUUAUUAAAAAUAUAAGUGAUUCGUGGAAAAUUUGACUGCAACAUUAAAUUUGGAAAACCCCAUACAUAUAUUUUAAAACACUGGUUUGUUUAUAAAUUGUAUGAAUACAAAUAAUCAUAAAAUUGGCUUUAUUAAAAAACAAUUAAAAACUACUUUUUCUACCUGAGAAUCAAACCAUAGAGUCUCAUUUGUUUGCUUAUGAAACAAUCAAAUAAUAUUGCUCUACAAUUAAGUUACUCAAUAGACAACACCUAUUUAUCCAAUUGUCAACAAUUUUCAGACAAAUUGGGCACAUUUUAGUAUACAUUUUGAAUAGUAAAUCUGAAAUGUAUAUAUUUUUGACAGGAAUGUAAAAAAUUAGAUCGAAAUAUAAGUGAUUUACAACAUGGUAAAAUGGCAUUGGUGAAUAAAAUAACCUAUGCAAAUGAUAAAUUGAAUGAAGCUCACAGAAUUAUAAAUGAUUUAAUUAAAAAUAUUGAAGAUAUUGGUGCUACAAAAAUAAAAGUUUGUAUACAAAUUUAAAUUUAUAGUUAUAAAAUGGUUUCUAGACAGAUGAUCAAAGAAUUAAGAGACAUGGAUAUAUUAUCUACUGUACAUAUUCCGAAGAAAAUUAUGAAUGAUGAAUUAUGAUGAACUAAUUAUUAAUUUUUCAUAAUUUUAACUUAUUAAAAAUGCUUGUUGAAUGUUUUUCAGUGUUUUAUCAAUCAUUUUCUAUAGAGAAGUUUACAAAAUUAUCUAUCAAUUUCCUUAUAAGAUAUAGAUUAGGAAUUAUAAAUAAAUAAAGUUAAAUAUAUAAUGACCAGAGAUCUGACAUUUUAAAUAUAUGCAGAUAGGUUUGGAACUGAAUCUAUCCUCUUGAUGUUAAGUACACAAAUAAAAACUAAUUCAUUACAUAGUUAUUCAUACUUCAUAAUAAUUCUUAGCCACAAAACACCCUGUGGCAAAACUUAGCUAGUAAAUAAUAGAGGAAAAACAAUAACUAAAUUUGUUGUAAUUAUUAGACGUCAGAUAAUUUAAAUAAAUAUUUUCAUAAUAACCAUACUGUAUUUUAAUGUUUUUAUGAAAACUAAUUUUGAAUUAUAUCAUAUGAAUUACACUUAUUGAAGAACUAUUUCUUUUUAGAACAUUCAUAAUUUAAGUUACAAACAAAGUUAUGCACAAUUCUUAGAUGAAGUUAAAAAAGGAAAAUAUCAUCUAUUGAUCAAAAGUGAAUCGAAAAUGGAUGAAGAAUUUACAAUUGAGUGGAAAAAAAAUUCUAAACUAAUAGGUGUUACAGAAGCUUUAAAAAAUGAUUUUCCUUAUUUGGAUUUUCAAAUAACACGUUUGUUAAAUAUUCUUAAGUCUAUUGAUAACUAA